AUGGUGUACUUCUCUUUCCUCCCGGCUUCUUCCCCAGGAUGCGUCGUUUCAUCAGGUUCAUCAACGUGGUGGACUGACCAUUGUCCCGCAGCUCUCAUCAUUGCAAUCAGAGAGGCGCAUUCUAAAGGCGAAGUAAUCAUCAACGUCUCCGUCGCAAACGAUGGCGACUGGUUCCUUCGCACUGACGAAUUCAAUAGGAAGAAACCAGGGAACGAUCCCACGGAAAGCCGCGUUCUCCGAUUUUGCCACGUCGCCACCGUUCAAACGGGUCGUGAAACUGAGCUGGGGAACGUCCAAUGGAUCACGUUCACCCCCGAUGGUCAGGGCUUCAUCGGAGUAGUAGGCCACGACGGCGUCCCCUACUGUGUCUUUGAUAAAAUACCGAAAACCCUCGAUGAGCAUCUCAAGACGCGGAAUAAACUGUCGGAAGUGAAGAUGGUGUCCAUUGGUUGUGAUAAUAGCUGGGUUAUAGUGUAUCAGGACGGGGACAUGAGUGCUGAUGAGAUUUGCACGAGCUUAAUGGGCAAGUUGCAUGAUGUUCGUGCCGUUGGUUUCAAAGUCGAGUCCGUCAUAUUAUCUCCAUCCACCAAGUCCAACUGGGUAAUCACAUACGAGAACGGAGCAUCUCACUACGACGUCCCCUUCGCAUGGUCAUCAGGGAUUAACAAACAGAUCUCAUUGUGUCAGGAGAAUUUCGCGCUUGAACUCCAACGGUUCCAACAAUUGGCGACGGCCAACAUGGCAGCUGCUUCUAGGUUCACCAGCACAGCGGCCACCAUGUAUUCCUACCAUGGCGGUAUGUUUUAG